ACUCAAUUCAUUUCAAUGAACUUGAAUGAAAUAAGUAAAUAUUGCUCUCAACACUCCCUCGUCUCCACCGUCGCCCCUCUUCUCUUGUAUUUCCUUUUGGGGAUUCCGAUUUGGGAUAUGGAUACAAAGGUACUUUCCUCUGGAAUCCGAUAUUCUAACUUACCGGCAAAUUACGUCAGACCGGAAUCGGAGCGUCCCCGUUUAUCCGAAGUCUCCGAAUGUGAAGACGUUCCUGUUAUCGAUUUAGGGUGUGAGGACAGAACCCAUAUUAUUCAACAAAUUUGUCAUGCUUGCAUGCGUUAUGGAUUUUUUCAGGUAAUUAAUCACGGAGUUUCCAAAGAAACAGUUGAAAAAAUGUUGCAAGUAGCACAUGAUUUCUUUGAGUUGCCAUUAGAGGAGAAACUGAAGCUUUACUCCGAUGACCCUUCUAAAACAAUGAGACUUUCCACUAGUUUUAAUGUGAAUAAAGAGAAGGUUCAUAACUGGAGAGAUUAUCUAAGAUUACACUGCUACCCUCUUCACAAAUAUGUCCCUGAGUGGCCUUCAAAUCCUCCUCCUUUCAAGGAUAUUGUAAGUAAUUACUGUGUAGAAGUUCGAGAACUUGGGUAUAGAUUACAAGAAUUAAUAUCCCAGAGCUUGGGCUUGGAAAAAGACUACAUUAAGAAUGUUCUUGGCGAGCAAGGCCAGCAUAUGGCUGUCAACUAUUACCCACCAUGUCCCGAACCAGAGCUGACUUAUGGAUUGCCUGGACAUACAGACCCCAAUGCUCUUACAAUUUUGCUUCAGGACUUACAAGUUGCGGGACUCCAAGUACUCAAAGACGGCAAAUGGCUCGCCGUUAAUCCUCAACCGGAUGCUUUUGUUAUUAACAUCGGUGAUCAAUUACAGGCAUUGAGUAAUGGGAGGUACAAGAGCGUGUGGCAUCGAGCGGUCGUGAAUGCCAAUAAGGAAAGGAUGUCAGUUGCUUCUUUCCUCUGCCCGUUUGACCGUGCCUUGAUCAGCCCCGCAAAGCCUCUCACCGAGGACGGAUGUGAAGCUGUAUACAGGGAUUUUACUUAUGCAGAGUACUACAGUAAGUUUUGGAGCAGGAACUUGGACCAAGAACAUUGUUUGGAACUUUUCAAAAACUAAUAUCGGCUUUCGUCCCCGCCCGCUUCAGAUGCUUGACUUCUAUUGUUUCCAUAGACUUGUCGGUUUUACCUGAAUGCCUGUAUAUUAUUGCAGAAUCACUAGACGGCCCCUAUUAUUAUUAUUGUUGUUAUUAUUAUUAUUCAUUGCAGUACGCCAUUUUUAAUGCAGCAUAACUAUAUUGCUGGCCAUCAUUGCAGCCAUUUUAGCAAGCCUACUCUGUAACUUAUGAUCCAUAUGUAGCAUGGGAUUGUUUUGUACUGAUAUUGCACUUAUCUUUAUUAUUGUAUUCUAGCAUACAGCACAACAUUAUCUGUAAUAAAAUGAUUGUAUGCAGAUGAUUUAUAUUA